AGCCAACCUUUGGCUUUCAGCCCAUCCGUUUGGCCGCAUCGCUCGAUCGCGUGAUGCGGCCACAAUCAGUGCCCACUCCGAAGAAGCCCAAAGUUGGCGAUGUGCGGCCGAACACGGUGCCCGGCCGGCGUGGAAGAAGCGGAACUCAGCGCACAGACAAGCCGGACGGAGAUCAGCCCGUUGACCUGGAGGAGUUUGAGCACAAGCUCCGGGUAGCCGACCCUUAUGGCAGGUGGAAGGCGGCGAACAGACAGAUGCAAAAUGCUCAGCAACGCUUCGAGCUGGCUCAGGGAGACUUCGAGCAUCCGGAGCUGGCCGUUCGGAUGGCCAGAAGGAAUCAAGCCAGGAAGAAGAAUGUCCACGACAACUUCAAGGAGGUCGCUCUCUCCGAUGACGCCACCGCCAAGGCCAUGCGGGCAGAUCGCGUGGAGCGGUGGAAGCAAGACAAUUCAAUCCACAAUCCCUCCGUUCGGGGCAUCCUCCGCAUUGAUGACGGCGUCAGCUAUCGCCAGCGAGACCCGGAGAUUCGGAAGGCAGACUCGAAGGCGGAUAUGAUCUUCAUGCUUGACAAUGCGGAUGCCCUACUGGACCCGGUUGAGAGGCUCCAUAUGGCCACCAGCUCUACGGAGCACAGGUUGGAGCAAGAGGCGGCACGGAAGGACAGGCUGGCCCGCAUGGCGGAGACGGAGGAGAAGUUUGGCAUUGGGAAAAUCCACGUGCAGGAGAAGAAGCAGCAAGUGAAGAAGCCAGUGCCCUUCUUCCAGCGCCCGGAGCAGCCAAAAGCUUCGGAGGUGGUAUUUCUGGAGCCUGUGUCGAUGUCCGUAGGACAAUUCGACAGAUGGAUGCAGAAAUACCUGCGGCGAUUUGCCCUUUUGCCGGGGAAACGUAGCACUAGCCGUGCCACUACUCGUGUCAGCACACGAAAGUCGGUCGGCUUUGACUUGAGCCCCGGCUAGUGGUUUGGCGGCAAAAGUGGCCGAGUUGUUUUAGAUUGGCAUGCAUCAAACCUCAGCGAUGCAGCGCUGAUGCAUUCUGAUGGUUGGAUGCGAGAUUUUUAGGAUGGCAAGCAUCAAGGGCUUGGGCAGUCGCGGGAUGCGAAGCAUAAUCUGCGCUGCCAAGAGUUCAAGCCUCGGUUUGGGGCAUGGGACGCAAGUUUGAACAUUCAGAGCAGCUGAGCUGCUUUUCAAUUAGGCGCCUGAUGGGAAAGGUGGCAAUGGAUUUGGGUUUUGAG